AGGAGGAGAAACAUGGGGAAGUCCAUGUCUUCCAACUGCCUCUAUGACAGCCAGGAGUGGGGAACCACAAGACUCAACUUAGUUGAUGUCGAUCGCUACCUGCCAGAGGAACCUUGGCCACCCCAGCUAUCUGAAGGAGGUCUUGACGAAUUCCAAGAGUCGUGGCCAUCCUCCUCACUAUCGAAUGACGCCCCCUGUGACACCCAAGAUCCGUGGUCAUGGGAUACAGCUGGAGACGAGUCACAGUCACAGCCUCUAGGAGGACCAGGGGCCUAUAACGCCGUGGUGGACGAUUUACAAGAUCUGGGCCUACAGGAGCAGUUUGUGCACAUCAAGUGUGAAACUCAAACAAUGAACGGCCAGGAAUCCCUUACCAGCGCUAGUGGUGACAUCAGUAGCGCUAGUGGUGAUUACCGUGAUGCGAGUGGUGACUUCAGUGGUCGGGAACUGGUACUACCAAGCUCCGACGUAAGCUAAAGAAGAUUCCGUCCAAGACU